CCACCGAUGUAGCAAAUAUGCAGGAUCAUUCUCAAUAUUCCCGGCUCUUCUAUUUCCUCCGUCUCAGGUGAUCCAACUCGACAAUACUUCGGAAGCAAUUAUUCUUCGCAGCUAUCUUGAUCGAGUUCAGAUCCCUCGACGCCAGAAUCUGAGUCUCCCACGCUUGAUUCAAUGACAAUUCCUCCUCCACGUAUCUGGGCCGGUUUUCGUCAUCCCAAGGAUACGAUCCAUUCCAAUCUGUGCUAGUAGCAUCAUCGACAUCCAAGAGCAGUUCUGGCCACGCUUUGAACAGGUCAGUCUAGACUUUGUGUGCCUUAGUACCCUUUUUGUGCUUUUCAAAUGGAUGCUUCCUCGCAACAGAGUCGGCAGCAAACCGCCUGAGUUUCGAGUCCUGGCCACCAAUCUCGUACAUCAAUCCGAUGUACUCAGCAACCGGCCACGCGUUAGCUGGGUUCUUGCAGUACUCCCGGCAGUCAUCCAUGCAGACGUUUUGGAAUGCUGGAGCUCGGAAAAAGCUGCCCAGACCCCAGAGGUGGUCGGUCUGAGCUCCACCACCAAGAGCCGCAUUAUCCAGUUCCAAAAAUGUGCCAGCGUACAGCCAAGCAACAAAAUCCGCAAACAAGGAGGGCUUCACGGUAGGAAGAAUGAAUUUCUGUUCGCCUUCAUGAUUAAUAAAGCAAUUUCUGAAGUAUCCAGAGUAGAGUGUCAGGAAGUCUUUCUAAACGUUGAAGAUUUGGCAAUCUGCACCGACGAGAAUCUCAAUCGUUGGACUGAAUGGCACAAUUUUGGCUGUGGUGCUCCGCAACAGUUCGAGCUUUAUGUCGCGCUCGCACUCGAUCUUGCUUUCAUGGUUCUCUCGACAGUCGCAUGUGAACCCCGGAGCCUCCGCAGCCUUGCGUUUUUGACCUGCUUGAAGACCCAUUGAAUGAUAUUGUUGUUUGACAUGAACGGGUGGGGUUUUUGAUGGAUGAAGAGGAAGCCGAGUCUGGCCAAAGAGAAGGUGCUGCAAGUUGCCUUUCUU